GGAAUUUUAUCAUCCAUCACUCAUUGCACCAUGGUCUUCCCGCCAUGGCAAUUAUGUCGACAUGUAGUACAUGCGAACAUUCUGAUGAGAGUGCCUGGAAAGACGUGUGAGGGUUGAAUUUCAUCCUCCAAUUUCGGAGGUACGGUCGGUUCGGGCUGGUCACUGCUUGGAUACUCAUUUUAAGCAAUCUAUUCCACAGGUUAUCAACGGCGUCCGCUGCGCUACUGAUCAACAUAGUGGAGAAUUUUCCGUUGAGAGGGGGGGUUAUCCGACUUUCAUGCACCAAUCACCUUGCGAGAUGCAGGGGUAAUUUUCCGGGGCAAAUGUCAUUCAUUUCUCCUUGGCGCAGGUUGUGAUUCUAGUCUUUUGGUAAAAAUAUAAAUACAUGUUCUCCCUAAGGCUGAUCUCUUCAAUCGCCAUUUUCUAACCUUGAAUCAACGCAUCUUGAAGUCAAGCCUCCCCCAAAAGAUCUUUCCAAUCAUGCGUUCCUUUGCCCUCCUCUCCCUUACAGCUUCUUUGCUCGGAAGCGUCUCUGCCAGCCCUGCUUUAGUAAACCGCGCUGUUGCAUUCAACCGAACCGUUGCUCCCGCUGGUGCAAUUGUCGUUGACGAGACAUGUGAAAUUGCCGGCUCCUACACCACAUUCCAAGAGGGUAUCGAUGCAUUGUCCACCACCACCACCGAUGCUCAAUACAUCUUCGUAGCUCCUGGUACCUACUUCGAGCAAGUGUAUCUCCCACCACUCGCAUCGAACCUUACCAUCCAAGGUUAUACCACCGAUGCCCGCACCUACGAAAACAACGAAGCCACCCUCACCUACAACCUCGCCCUCAUCAACACCACCUCGGAUGAUUUAACCGCCACUUUCCGUGCCCACAACACCAACACCAAAGUGUACAACUUGAUCAUCGAGAACACAUUCGGUCACAUCAACUCCAAUGGACAGAACCUUGCUCUCUCCUCCUACGCCUCCAACGUGGGUUACUACGCCACCCAAUUCUGGGGUUACCAAGACACCGUUCUCGCCGAGGCCGGUUACCAGCUCUACGCCAAGUGCUUGAUCGUCGGAGCCAUUGAUUUCAUCUUCGGUGAGAAAGCUCUCGCCUGGUUCGAGAACAACGAUAUCCGUACCAUUGCCAACGGAGCUAUUACCGCAUCGGGUCGUACAAGCGCCGCUGUCGAUUCCUGGUAUGUGAUUAACAACUCCAACAUUGCCAAUCUCAACAGCAGUCUCACUCCAUACAACAACUAUCUCGGACGACCAUGGAGAGAUUACGCACGUGUUGUUUUCCAAAACAGUUAUUUGGGUGACAACAUCAAAGCGGCUGGAUGGCAAGAGUGGAGUACCUCGACUCCAAACACUGAUGGAGUUACUUUCGGAGAAUACAACAACUACGGACCCGGAAGCGUUCUCGAAGAAGGCCCCCGUGCAAACUUCAGCUCUCAAUUCACAGCUCCCGUUGACAUCACCACCGUCUUGGGUACAUCCUACACUAGCGAGUUCUACUACGAUGCUUCUUACAUGUAAAGAUGGAUCGAGUAUAAAUUUCUAGUACAUAAUUUUUAUUGGGGAGAGAGAGAAGGGAGAGGAAAUCUGUAAAUAUAAUAUCCGCUGUACAUAUGUAAUGAGAAUUGAACGGUCGAACUAUCA